AUGAUAUCACCGGGGGCGGGUCCCGGCGUGGAGGUGGAGGUGGCGGCGACGCUGAAAUGCUGCGGAGCCCGCGCGCGAGUGCUCAGCACGCAGGGGUUUGCGGCGGCCCCGCAGCUAGAGCUCUGCGGGCUAAGGAGCGGCUGCGGGCGGCGUGCAUGUGACCUGGCAAGAUCAGGUGAGAAUGGUGCUUUAUUUUAUUUUAUUUUAUUUUCGAGGAGCUGGACGUUUUCGGAGCUGGCUCUAGCUCCGUGCCCGGCGCUUUGCGGUCGGCCCUGCAGCGAGUUCCGUAGCCAGGCAGCGAGUUACGCGUGUGCGAACGCGGGCUGGCACCGCCGCGCACCCGCGUGUCUGUGCGCAUUGUUGGGGACCGACUCGCCGGGCGCUCGUGCCAGACCUGACUUUUCCCGUCCCUGCGUGCGGGCUUGCCUCGCGCAGACGCGUCGCUUGGACGCGCUUUGGACUGCGGGGCAUUCCGUGGGGGCAAAACGUGCACGGCCGUGUGUGUCCGGGGCUCGUGGCUGUCCAUCUCGGCGAGCAGGACAGCGUCCCGGGCUGGCAAGGGACUCACGUGUUUCUGUCUCUGCUCGUCUGCAGCCGGCGUGGCGACUGCGGGGACGCGGACCUGCGGGGACCCGAGAGCCCGGGACGACGCCGGGCCGCGCGCCUGACGACCGGGACGGGACGGUGCUGUGGAGCGGGCGCCGCGCGCACCCGGCGGAUGUCCCCGAGCCGCCCUCGGCCGCCGCCAACCGCGGAGAAGCGCCCCUGCUCGGGGGCCGCCGAGGCCGCAGCACGGGCCAUGCGCGCCCGGCCGCCCCGCCGCGCUUGAUGCGGCGCGCGCUCCGCCCGCUCGGCGCCCCCGGCCGGCGCCGCGGAGGCCGAGGAUUUCAGAUGCAUGGCAGAUUUCCGCUGACUGCUGGAACUGGAGAUCACUCCACAUGGAUUCCCCAAGUCAGCAUGGCAGCCACACUUCGAUGUAAAAUCAUGAAGAAUAUUAGAGGGUAA